GCGUCCACUGACCAUCUUUUCUCGCCGCUUAUCGUCGUUUUUGGGAAAUUUACUACACUCCUUCUUCGAUCGCAGUCGCAUCGCCUUAAGCAUUACUCUCUACCUUUGGCUAAAACUUCGAUUUUUUCUGCCAUGGAAGCUGAAAAGCUAAAUCAGUUGAAGCAUUUCAUCGAUCAGUGCAAGUCUAACCCAUCCAUCCUCAACGAUCCUUCUCUAUCCUUCUUUACAGACUAUCUGGAAAGCCUUGGAGCUCAGCUUCCUUCAUCUAAAUCUGGGGAGACCAAAUCUAAAUCUUAUGUUGUCGAGGAGAGUGAUGAUGACAUUGUUGAUAACGAAGAUGAAGAUGAAGAUGAGGCAGAUGUAGUUGCUGAAGAAGAAGAGGAGGAUGAGAUAGUUGAAUCAGACAUUGAACUUGAAGGCGAAGUUGUUGAGCCUGAUAAUGAUCCUCCUCAGAAGACUGGAGAUGCUUCGGUAGAGGUUACAGAGGAAAACCGCGAUGCUGCUCAAGAGGCAAAGUCUAAGGCAGUAGAAGCCAUCUCAGAAGGCAAUCUUGAGGAAGCAAUUGAGCAUCUCACAGAGGCUAUUGUGUUGAAUCCAACUUCAGCCAUUAUGUAUGCUACAAGAGCUAAUGUGUAUGUGAAGAUGAAGAAACCCAAUGCCGCUAUUAGAGAUGCAGAUGCUGCUUUACAGAUAAAUCCAGAUUCAGCUAAAGGAUACAAGUCUCGUGGCUUGGCAAGAGCGAUGCUUGGACAAUGGGAGGAGGCUGCAAAGGAUCUUCACGUGGCAUCAAAGCUAGAUUAUGACGAGGAAAUCAAUGCUGUGCUAAAGAAGGUGGAACCUAAUGCACACAAAAUUGAAGAGCACAGAAGAAAAUACGAGAGAUUGCAUAAAGAAAGGAAUGAGAGGAAGGCUGAACGUGAGAGGCAGCGUCGUCGUGCUGCAGCUCAGGCCUCGUAUGAGAAAGCAAAGAAACAGGAACAACAGUCAUCCUCAAGCAGAAGACCUGGGUCCAUGCCUAGUGGAUUCCCUGCUGGCAUGGGUGGCUUUCCUGGUGGUGCUGGUAUGCCAGGUGGCUUCCCUGGAGGUAUGCCGGGAGGUUUUCCUGGAGCUGGAGGUAUGCCUGGAGGUUUUCCUGGAGCUGGAGGUAUGCCGGGAGGUUUUCCUGGAGCUGGAGGUAUGCCGGGAGGUUUUCCUGGAGCUGGGGGUAUGCCGGGAGGUUUCCCUGGAGCUGGAGGGCCGGGAGGAAUGCCUGGAAAUGUUGACUACAGUAAAAUCUUAAAUGACCCUGAGUUAAUGGCAGCGUUUAGUGAUCCAGAAGUCAUGGCUGCUCUCCAAGAUGUUAUGAAGAAUCCGGCAAACCUAGCUAAACAUCAGUCAAAUCCCAAAGUGGCUCCUGUGAUUGCAAAGAUGAUGGGCAAGUUUGCAGGUCCUCAGUGAGUUAUAAUUCGACGCUAGUUUGCUUGAGAAAUGCUCUUUAAAUUUUAAAUCCACGACGGUUUUGAUUUUAUGGUUUUCGGGAUUUUUAUGGUUUAAAUCAUCUGAAAGGAAUUUAUGUUUUUUAUUCCUUCUUCCUGGUCUCUUUCAAAUAUUUAACAGAAAAUAGGUCAAUGGAGUGAAUUGAGUUUGGAAUUACAGACCAA